GAGAGCUGAAGAACUCUGUGUAGUUCGAACGUGGGCACUUUCGUUUACACAGGUCUGCCUACGGCUUGGUGUCUAGGGGCGUGGCCUGGCUCCCGAUUGGCUCAUAAGAAGGACGCCCAGCAGCUGCUGGGCCGGCGAUUGGCUAAAGCGCGCGGGAGAGGACGGUUCUUUGGAACGUUGGCUCCGUUUUUGCUUCCCAGCGGGGGCCUUGCGAUGGCGCUACCCCGGUUGUUGUUUCUUUGGGCGACGGUGGCGGCAGUUGCUGCUGCAUCCCGUCCCCCGUGGGACUCGGUUGCCCGUUUGCAGCCGGGGACGGACGAUGCACGGCAGGCAGUGGCGGUACGGGAGCUGCUGGAGCGGCUGCUGGGCCCGAGGGCUGCCUCCGCCUUCUCGGUGUCGGUCAACCGGUCUUUGGCCGGGCCCGGCGGGCUUGACACCUACCGGCUGAGCUCGAGGGCGCCGGGCGUUGUAAACGUAGCUGGAUCCAGCGGCGUGGCCGCCGCCUCGGGAAUCUACAAGUACCUAAAGGACUACUGCGGUUGCCAUGUCUCCUGGUCUGGGAAGCAGCUCCGACUGCCGGAUAGCCUGCCGCCGGUACCCACUGAGAUAAUCGUCACCAGCCCCAACAGAUUCCGCUUCUACCAGAAUGUCUGCACCCAGAGCUACUCCUACGUGUGGUGGAACUGGGACCGCUGGGAACAGGAGAUCGACUGGAUGGCACUUCACGGCAUCAACAUGGCGCUGGCAUUCACCGGGCAGGAGGCCGUCUGGCAGCGGGUAUAUUUUUCCCUGGGCCUGAACCAGUCAGAAAUUGAUGAGUAUUUCACUGGACCAGCAUUUCUGGCUUGGAACCGGAUGGGGAACUUGCACACCUGGGCGGGGCCACUGCCCCUCUCGUGGCAACUGAAGCAGCUCUACCUGCAGUACAGGAUCCUGGAGAGAAUGCGGAGCCUGGGGAUGCUGACAGUGCUGCCUGCCUUCUCAGGAUACGUCCCUCGCGGCAUCUUAAGGGUUUUCCCCCGGGCCAACGCCACACGAAUGGGGAGCUGGAGUCACUUUGACUGCACCUACUCCUGCUCCUACCUCCUGUCGCCCGAAGACCCCAUGUUCCAGGUCAUCGGGACCCUCUUCCUGAAAGAACUGACCAGGGAGUUUGGUACGGAUCACGUGUACAGCGCCGACACCUUCAACGAGAUGCGCCCGCUCUCAUCGGAUCCCGCCUACCUGUCCCAGGUCAGCGCAGCUGUCUUCCGCUCCAUGACGGGAGCUGACCCCCGUGCCAUAUGGCUGAUGCAAGGCUGGCUUUUCCAACACCAGCCCGACUUCUGGCAGCCGGCCCAAGUCCGCGCCCUCCUCCAGGGCGUGCCCCUUGGCAGGAUGGUGGUGCUGGACCUCUUUGCCGAAUCCAAGCCCGUCUACCCCUGGACAGAGUCCUUCUACGGGCAGCCGUUUAUCUGGUGCAUGCUGCACAACUUCGGCGGCAACCACGGCCUUUUCGGCACGGCGGAGAGCGUCAACCGGGGCCCCUUUGCUGCCCGGGGCUUCCCCAACUCCACCAUGGUGGGCAUCGGCCUGACCCCCGAAGGCAUCGAGCAGAACGACGUGAUGUAUGAGCUCAUGACCGACCUGGGCUGGUGCAAGGAGCCCCUGGACCUCCGGCGGUGGGUGUCCGAUUACGCCACGCAGCGCUACGGGGCCAGCAACGCCCAGGCAGCCGCGGCCUGGCAGCUGCUUCUCCAAAGCGCCUACAAUUCCUCGGGGCCGUACACCAACCACAACCGCAGCCCGCUAGUGCACCGCCCUUCCUUCCGGAUGACCACGGAGCUCUGGUACAACGAGAGCGACGUCUACGAGGCCUGGCGGCUGCUGCAAAGCUCUGUCGACGUGCUCGGUGCCAGCAGCACCUUCUGCUACGACCUGGUUGACGUGACGCGCCAGGCCAUGCAGCAGCUGGUGAGCCGGUAUUACUUGGAAAUCAAGCAGGCUUUCCAGAGCCGCAUGCUCUCCCGCCUGCUGACGGCGGGCGGCAUUCUGGUCUACGACCUCCUCCCGGAGCUGGACAGCCUCCUGUCGAGCGACAGGCGGUUUCUGCUCGGGCGGUGGCUGGAAGCCGCCCGCUUGUCGGCCACCAGCGACCAGGAGGCGGGCCUCUACGACCUGAACGCACGCAACCAGCUGACGCUCUGGGGGCCCAACGGCAACAUCUUGGACUACGCCAACAAGCAGUUCGGAGGGCUGGUGCUGGACUAUUACGGGGUGCGCUGGAGUCUGUUUGUGUCCACCCUGGUGGAGUGCCUCAACACUGGAACCCCCUUCCACCAGAACCACUUCAACCAAGCCGUCUUCCAGGUGGAGAGGGGCUUUAUUUACAACGGGAAGCGGUACCCAGCCAAGGCCACGGGCAACACGCUGGACAUAGCCAGGAAGAUAUUUCUCAAGUAUUACCCUUCUGCAGUGCAGCACAACCGCUUGAGGGCUGUGUGAGAAGAGACUCGCUAUUGGCAGGCCCCCUUCUCUGCUUGCUGUCAGUCCCAACCACGGCACUCGUCCUGUGUUGGGUGUUCUGAGCCAGACCUGACUACUGAACAGCUUCUUCUUAAAUGCACAUUUUCCCAGUGUUCGAGUGGCACAGGAACUGGUGGUGGUGGUUAAUGGGAAUGACUUCUGGUCAGACAGAGAGGUGGCAGAGUUUAUAAAGCCUGCCUGGAAGCCUUUAACCCUGUCUCCAAAUGGGUGCAAAGGCUAGUUGUGGUUGAGGGAUCAUUGUCAGGGACUCAGGACAUGGUUCUCGGGGGGGGGCACUUUUCCUUGUUUUUCACAUGUUCCAGAGUUGGCUCAAAUUGAGCUCUAAAAAGGUUAGUGAUGUGGUGGAAAUGGACUCUACUGCCUUAAUUUGGAGACGGAAGUGUGCGGUCACGAGGCUUUGCAACGCAGCUCCCUUCCGAAAGACCACCCACAUCGCAGCCCUCUUUCUUCCACACAGGCAAGGGGAGGCUAACCUGUGGCUUGUCGGCCCCCCAGGUUUUUUUGUGUAGCCUCUGCAACUCGCAACAUUUAUCAUUUUAAAAAUAAUAAUUUCAUUUAAAAAUCUGAGAUGCC